AUGGAGUCGCCGCCGCUCAAGCUCCCGGCCUGCCGAGAUGAGGACAAAAUCAGCACGCUCACCGAUGACCUCCUACUCGAAAUCCUCGAGCGGCUCGACCUGCGUGAGGCGGUCCGCGCCGACGCAGUCUCCACGCAGUGGGGGCACCUCCCCCACCGGGUCUCGCGCCUGUACCUCAACGCCAGCCAUUUUCGCCUCUCCAGGAUGCGCGAGCGCAUGGAUGCGUUCACAGGUGCAGUGCGGAGUUUGCUGAGGGAGCGCGAGUGCGAUUGCAACAACAGUCAUGCUGUCAAGUCCCUCAGCCUCCUCUUCUACCUGUCACCCUCCCCCCACUUGAGCUCCAUCGGCCGCGCCAUUGAGGACGUUGUCAGCCGUGGCGAGAGCAAAUGGCUCCAUUUUGGCAUAGGCUCGCCGCCGCCCGCUAGCAACACCGCCCCGCUGCUCGCGGAGAUUGGACAGCAGUUCAUGUCCUUCUCCCGCACAUACCCAGUCACCUUCUGGUGGCUCACGAGGCUUACAUUCGAGCACCUUGUGUUUGGCCAUUCCAACAUCACUGACCUCAUUAGCGCUUCCGGCAGGCUCAGACACCUCACUCUCAGACUCUGCAGACUGGUUGAUCUGCACUCCGCGCUCAAGGUCGACGUGCCGACCUCCGGGAUCCAGGAGCUCGAGUUCUUUGGCUUUGGGUGCACACAGAUCGAGCUCAUUUCUGUACCCAAGCUUAGGCAAGUGUGGUGCCAAUAUUUGCUCUUUGAGAACCCUCCAGUGUGCUUCGGCUACGUUCCUGAGCUUCGCGUUGUAAGACUCUUUUCUAAAGCCAAGGCAUGGCAGGCGUCAUUCACGCUGAGCGAGUGCCUCUCAAAGAGUGCAACGAACCUGUCGAAAUUGCAUCUCGAUUUUUUCCACCAAAAGAUUUGGAUUCAGCCAGAACAUCCGAAGCAGCUCACUACUAUAUUAAGAAACCUCACCUCUGUGUUUCUUUUGGGUAUCUUCAGUGAGUGUGAUCUGAGCUGGACACUAUUUUUCCUUGAAGCUGCACCUGCCCUAAAGAAUAUUGCAUUAUCUCGACAUUCUUGUAUCAUGAGGCUCGAGAACAGUCCCGAGAAGACCAACGUGGUGUGGAAGCCAUCCAAGGAUUUGAAGCACCUGAACUUGAAGGUGUUGCUGAUCUGCGGGUGCGAGGAUGAAGACAAGGUGACAAACUAUACAAGGCUUGUCGUGGGACGAGCUGUGGGGUUGAAUAGUAUCAUGCUUCAUGGUGAAUACCCAUGCGAGGACUGCAGUGCCACUGACCUUGAAAGACACAAGAUGGGUAAAGCAUCCAAGGUGGGUGAAGCUAGCAGACGUCGGAUUAAGGAGCGACUCACACAUGGAUCAUCCUCAUCUGUGGAGAUAGUUAUCUGUUGA